GCUGAAACCACACAGACGCCCUCAUUCUUCGAUUCUCCCCAUGUCACUCUCAACGGUGGUGGCGGUCAAGACGGUCGACGACGCACAAGUCGCGCAGCUCUCGACGACGGCGCUCGGCCACAUUGCGGGAGUCGACUUCAAGUGCCACAGCGCCGAGACCGCGAGUCUGUGGCUGUACCUCGCUUUCCACGACGAUGACGUUCUGGCGCGAGCGAUGCCUAGCCUCGCAACGUGCGGCGCUGAUGCACAAGACGUGCUCGUAGCAUGGGCCGUCAUGAUGACGCCGACAACGUUUCCGCGUCAUCUUGAGCUGCACGGGGACUUUGCCAUACUGGUCUCGCGCGACCGUUCCGUGCGUGUUGCAGUGUGCAUGUCGCCCGCCCAUGAGAUCCUCUACGUUACCUUUGCGUCGCCAACGACGUUCCAGACGGACAUCAUCCUCAGCACCAACCACUUGGCGACACCGAAUGGCGAAGCGACGUCCGCACGCCAGGUGCUGAUUGGCGGCAACGUGUGGCUGUACGUCUUCAAGCUUCUUGCGGCCAUGCCCGACGGCGUCCAGCAUCUGCAGCGUCGUUUGGCGCACGCCAUGACGCAGUAUGCGACCUUGCGCUACAACGUCAUGCGCCCGGCGAGCAACUCCCUCACGAGCGGAGCGCCGCUUGCUCCCUUUGCUGAAAUGCUCGAUAUGCGUGCGAAGCAGUCGUCGCCUUCGUCGCUGCCUCCGCUGACACCAGCGCGCUCGACUCUGGCCGGAGAAGCACUCGCGCGUCGGACGCCGUCGCCUUUUGCACUCCGGCCGCCGCAAGCCCCACGUCCAGACAUGAUGCCAGUGGGACCGUCGUCGCUCACGUCGCCGUGGUCGUCGCCGAGCAGUGGCUUUGGGUUUGGCCACCAAAACAACUUGUCACCCGACUCGCUUCGCGAGCUCGAGCGCCGGUACGCGUCGCCAUUGCUUCUGGCCAACUAUCCAUCACCGAUUCACUCGUCGCCGCUCGUCAUGGAGAGUCCGCCCUUCGACUUGCACUCGCCGCCGCCAGCCACGCGCCCAGCCUUGUUGCUGCCGCCGAAAGAGGACGACGACAACGACCUGGCCGACCAAACGCUCAAUAUGUCGGUCGAUGACAUCGAAGACGACGAGUAUGAACGCGGCACAAUGGUCGCGUAGGCAACAGCGUCUCGUUCGCACUGCAUCUCGUGACGUCUUUUACGGUCUUUUUAACUCGCAACCAUAUUAACCUUCUUGUGCAACCUCCCA